AUGCCACAUUUCAUCCGUUCUUGCCUCUACUCUCCAGAUCUGCCCGCCAUGGCUCCUCCCAAUCCUCCUCCAAUGUUCACCUCUCGCGUUAGGCGCGCGUCGCGUCAUCCUCUCCUGCUCUCCCUAGCGGCUCUUCUCGCCCUUAGUCUCCUCGCCGUCGCAGCCGCCGCCUCCGACCGUCUGUAUCUCGCGUACGAGGCGCGCCUCGCCGCAACAGCCACGCCGCCGCACGGGCUCGCUGCGAGCGAUGCGGAAGCCACAAAUCAGCGAGGCGCGGCGGGAGCGAGCGGACGUGGCAAGCUGUGGUUCGAGCAGACGCUGGACCACUUCAAUCCUGCCGACGGGCGCACCUUCUCCCAGCGCUACCACGAGGACUUGACGCACUUCAACGCCGCUGCGGGCGGGCCCGUGAUGCUCGUCAUCUGCGGCGAGGCGCCCUGCAACGGCGUGCCCUCCGACUACCGCAUGGAGUUGGCCGCCCAUUUCGGGGCGGCCGUGGUGGCGUUGGAGCAUCGCUUCUACGGCCAAUCGCAGCCCUUCGCUGACCUGUCCACUGCCAGCCUGGCAUAUCUCUCGGCCAACCAGGCACUGGCUGACCUGGCCACGUUCCAGCAGUUCUACCAGCAACGGCUGGACCGGCUGUUCAACGGGUCUCACAGCAGCUCCACGCGUGGCGGCAGCAGCAGCGGAGGGGGCGAGCGGCAGUGGGUGGUGACGGGCGUGUCGUACGCGGGUGCUCUGAGUGCGUGGGCGCGCCUGUCCUACCCGCACCUCUUCCGCGCCAGCCUUGCCUCGUCCGCCGUCAUCAACGUCAUUCGUGACUUCCAUGAGUUUGAGGCGCAGGUGGUGCAGUCAGCGGGUCCCCAGUGCACCGCCAUCCUGGCCAACAUCACCCGCCGUGUGGAGCAGCACCUCGCCUCGUCACUGGAGCACCGCCAGGCUGUCAAGCACCUCUUUGCUGCCGCCUCUGUGGAGCACGAUGGGGACUUCCUCUUCCUCCUCGCAGACGCUGCUGUCUUUGCGUUUCAGUACGGCCGCCCGGACCAGCUGUGUGACCCCCUCAUCCACGCACAUGCCACGGGCUCUGAUACCAUGGAGGCCUUUGCGGCCUACGUGCGAGACCUUUUCUUCGCUCACUUCGGGUCUGCCCCGUCUGACUACGACCGCCACGCCCUCGCCAACACGUCGCUCUCAGCCACCUCUGCCAACAUGCGCACGUGGCUGUACCAGUGCUGCACGCAGAUGGCCUUCUUUCAAACUCCCGCUCGCAUCGGCCCUCGCAUUCGCUCAGAGGCUUUGAACAUGAGCUACUGGCAGGGCCUGUGUGCAGCAGUGUACGGGGAGCACCCGCACGUGUUAUUUCCUGACGUGGACGCCACCAACACCUUCUUUGGCGGCACCUCCAUCGCCUCGUCGCGCAUCUUCUUCACCAACGGGUCUCAGGACCCCUGGAAGCGCGCCUCGAGACUCGUUCGCACCAUGGACAUGCCGAGUGUGUUGGUGGAGUGUCACAACUGCGGGCACGGAGUGGACAUGCGCGGCUGCCCCUCCUGGCUCAACGGCCGCGACCUCCACGGUGCCGACUCCGCCUGCUCUGAUCCGUACGUGCUGCAAGGAGUGAGGGACGAUCUCAGGUUUGCUCUGGAGGAUUGGCUUGAACGCAGUGACAUGGCAGGGCUGCUGGGUGCCUCUGCUCUCCGUGCUGCCAUGUGA